GGAGGCGCUGAGGCAGCGGCGGCGCGAUGCCGGCGGCGGCCGGGGGGCUGCUGUGGUGGAGCUGCUGCGUGCUGGCGGCGGCGGCCGGGGCCCCGCGGGCCGCCGCGGCGGCGCAGGCAGUGUGUGCCGGCACAGAGAACAAGCUGAGCUCCCUCUCUGACCUGGAGCAGCAGUAUCGGGCCCUGCGCAAGUACUAUGAGAACUGUGAGGUAGUUAUGGGCAACCUGGAAAUCACCAGCAUUGAGCACAACCGAGACCUCUCCUUCCUGCGGUCCAUCCGAGAAGUCACAGGCUAUGUUUUGGUGGCUUUGAAUCAGUUUGAAUACCUGCCAUUGGAGAACCUGCGCAUCAUUCGUGGGACCAAGCUCUAUGAAGAGCGAUAUGCUCUGGCGAUAUUUCUUAACUACAGAAAGGAUGGUAACUUUGGACUCAGGGAACUUGGCUUGAAGAACUUGACAGAAAUACUGAAUGGAGGGGUGUAUGUUGGCCAGAACAAAUUUCUUUGCUUCGCAGACACCAUUCAUUGGCAGGACAUCGUCCGUAACCCCUGGGCCUCCAACUUCACUUUGGUUCCAACGAAUGGCAGCUCAGGAUGUGGUCGAUGCCACAAAUCCUGCACAGGCCGAUGCUGGGGACCCACAGAGAAUCACUGCCAGACCUUAACGAAGACGGUGUGUGCAGAGCAGUGUGAUGGACGGUGCUAUGGGCCCUACGUCAGCGACUGCUGCCACCGGGAAUGCGCUGGAGGCUGUUCCGGACCUAAAGACACUGAUUGCUUUGCCUGUAUGAAUUUCAAUGAUAGUGGUGCGUGUGUCACGCAGUGUCCCCAGACUUUUGUAUACAAUCCUACCACCUUCCAACUGGAGCAUAAUCACAAUGCCAAGUACACCUAUGGGGCUUUUUGCGUCAAAAAGUGCCCACACAACUUUGUGGUAGAUUCCAGCUCUUGUGUCCGUGCAUGUCCGAGCUCCAAGAUGGAGAUUGAAGAAAAUGGUAUUAAGAUGUGCAAGCCCUGCACUGACAUUUGUCCUAAAGCAUGUGAUGGCAUUGGAACAGGGAGUUUAGUGUCAGCUCAGACGGUGGAUUCCAGCAACAUUGACAAGUUCAUAAACUGUACCAAGAUCAAUGGCAACCUUAUCUUCCUUGUUACAGGGAUUCAUGGGGACCCAUAUCACACAAUUGCUGCAAUCAAUCCAGAGAAAUUAAAUAUCUUCCAAACAGUGAGAGAGAUAACAGGGUAUUUGAAUAUACAGUCAUGGCCUGAGAAUAUGACAGAUUUCAGGGUGUUUUCUAACUUGGUUACUAUUGGUGGAAGAGCUCUUUAUAGUGGCCUUUCCUUACUCAUCCUAAAGCAACAAGGCAUUACUUCUCUGCAGUUUCAAUCCUUGAAGCAAAUCAGUGCUGGCAACAUCUACAUAACAGACAACAGCAAUUUGUGCUACUACCACACUGUCAACUGGACCAGCCUCUUCAGCACACCCAGUCAAAAGACGGUGAUUCAUCGAAAUAAAAAGGCAGAGAACUGCACUGCUGAUGGAAUGGUGUGUAAUGAGUUAUGCUCAAGUGAUGGCUGUUGGGGGCCAGGGCCAGAUCAGUGUCUCUCCUGCAAGCGCUUCAUCAGGGGAAGGACCUGCAUAGACUCUUGUAACCUGUAUGAUGGGGAAUUUCGAGAAUUUGCAAAUGGUUCUGUUUGUGUGGAGUGUGAUCCCCAGUGUGAAAAGAUGGAAGAAAACAUGAUCACGUGCUAUGGGCCGGGACCUGACCACUGCACAAAGUGUUUCCAUUUUAAGGAUGGUCCAAAUUGUGUGGAAAAAUGUCCUGAUGGCUUGCAGGGGGCCAAUAGUUUCAUUUUCAAAUACGCUGAUGAGGAUCGUGAGUGCCAUCCAUGUCAUCCAAACUGCACCCAAGGGUGUAGAGGUCCCGCUAGUCAUGACUGCAUUUACUAUCCAUGGACACGACAGUCCACUUUACCACAACAUGCUAGAACCCCUCUGAUUGCUGCGGGAGUUAUUGGUGGCCUCUUCAUCGUCGUCAUUGUGGGCCUGACAUUUGCCGUGUAUGUUCGACGCAAAAGCAUUAAAAAGAAGAGAGCAUUGCGAAGAUUCCUGGAGACUGAGCUUGUGGAACCCUUGACUCCAAGUGGCACAGCACCCAACCAAGCACAGCUUCGUAUUCUGAAGGAAACUGAGCUGAAACGAGUCAAGGUUCUUGGCUCUGGAGCCUUUGGAACUGUAUACAAGGGUAUUUGGGUCCCUGAGGGAGAAACUGUAAAGAUCCCUGUGGCCAUUAAGAUCCUUAAUGAGACCACUGGUCCGAAAGCCAACGUGGAGUUCAUGGAUGAAGCUCUCAUCAUGGCCAGCAUGGACCACCCACACCUGGUGAGACUCCUGGGUGUCUGCUUGAGCCCGACCAUUCAACUAGUCACUCAGCUGAUGCCUCAUGGCUGCCUGCUGGAUUAUGUUCAUGAACAUAAGGAUAAUAUUGGCUCCCAGCUUCUGCUAAACUGGUGUGUCCAAAUAGCUAAGGGAAUGAUGUACCUGGAAGAGAGGAGACUUGUCCACCGAGACUUGGCAGCCCGUAAUGUCUUGGUGAAAUCACCAAACCACGUGAAGAUCACUGAUUUCGGCUUGGCCAGGCUUUUGGAAGGGGAUGAAAAGGAAUAUAAUGCUGAUGGAGGGAAGAUGCCAAUUAAGUGGAUGGCUCUGGAGUGCAUACACUACAGGAAAUUUACCCAUCAGAGUGAUGUUUGGAGCUACGGAGUCACUAUCUGGGAGCUUAUGACCUUCGGUGGGAAGCCGUACGAUGGAAUCCCAACUCGAGAGAUCCCCGACCUCUUGGAGAAGGGAGAGCGGUUGCCCCAACCUCCGAUCUGCACUAUUGAUGUUUAUAUGGUGAUGGUGAAGUGCUGGAUGAUUGAUGCUGACAGUCGGCCGAAAUUCAAGGAGCUGGCUGCUGAAUUCUCUAGAAUGGCUCGAGACCCUCAGAGAUACCUAGUAAUUCAGGGAGAUGAUCGUAUGAAGCUCCCAAGCCCAAAUGACAGCAAGUUCUUCCAAAACCUUCUUGAUGAGGAAGACCUGGAAGAUAUGAUGGAUGCUGAAGAGUAUCUUGUCCCUCAAGCCUUCAACAUCCCUCCUCCCAUCUACACCUCCAGGACAAGAAUUGAUUCCAACAGGAGUGAAAUUGGACACAGCCCUCCUCCUGCCUACACCCCUAUGUCAGGAGUCAUGAUGUCGAAAUUUCCUUGCACGCCCUUGCUGUCAAGCAAAAUGAACCAGUUUGUGUAUAGAGAUGGUGGCUACGCUGCAGAAGUGCCGAUGCCGUACAGAGCUCCUGGCUGCAUAAUACCAGAAGCCCCAGUUGCUCAAGGGGCCACGGCAGAGAUCUUUGAAGAUACUUGCUGUAAUGGCACACUACGGAAACAAGCGGCAACCCUGGCAAAAGAGGACAGCAGCACCCAGAGGUACAGCGCUGAUCCCACGGUCUUCAUACCCGAGCGGGUCGUCCGGGGAGAGCUGGAUGAGGACGGGUACAUGACGCCGAUGCGAGACAAACCUAAAACAGAUUACCUAAACCCGGUGGAAGAGAACCCAUUUGUUUCCCGACGAAAGAACGGAGAUCUCCAAGCCGUGGACAACCCAGAGUAUCACAACGCUCCAAACGGGCAGCCCAAAGCAGAGGAUGAGUACGUGAACGAGCCAUUGUACCUCAACACUUUUGCAAACACCUUGGAAAAUGCUGAGUACCUGAAGAACAAUUUGCCGGAGAAAGCCAAGAAGGCCUUUGACAACCCGGACUACUGGAACCACAGCUUGCCCCCACGAAGCACCCUCCAGCACCCGGACUACCUGCAAGAAUACAGCACAAAAUACUUUUACAAACAGAAUGGACGGAUCCGGCCCAUUGUGGCAGAGAAUCCUGAAUACCUCUCCGAGUUCUCCCUGAAGCCUGGCACUGUGCUGCCCCCGCCGCCCUACAGACACCGAAAUACAGUGGUGUAGUGACCAUGGUCUUACAGAAGUGGAAAGGCAACCCCUUCUAGCUGCCUCACUCUUUCUCUCUCGCUCUCCUUUUCCCUCUCUCCCCUCCCUCUCUCCCUUUCUCCCCUGAGCUUCCUCUUCUUGCCAGUUCACUCAUUUUUGAUACUUCCAAGUGAAAGGAUGUCUUGGAGUCAAUAGCAGAUUGGGUUGGGAACCUGGAAGGAAGGAAGGAAAGAGACUGGAAGAAGGUGUGUACAACCUGGCAUUUUUCACUUUCCGCAGAUCUGGAGGGUCGGACGGUCAGAGAAGCCAGACAGUACCAGUACAGGCCAGUGCUGUGUUGCCUGCUGUUGUAGUUCUCGGUGGCUCAGCCCAGACGCUGCAGGGAAAGCCAGAGAUAGGCUGGUUCUUUCAGCAGGAACUGAUGAGAGUCUGUACAGCAUUCCUGGAAAUCUCAAUGCAGUUUCCAUUGGGGGGAAAAAGGACAAUUUUUAUAUCAUGUGUGAUAGCAUAGUAAUUGAGAUUGAGAAUCCAAUUUCUUUCUCUAACACUUUCUAUCCCAGCAACUGAAAAUGGCUAACCUGGCUUCUCAUAAUCAUCCAGCUCUUCAUCGUGGCUUUCCAAGAAAUGAUGAUGUGAACUCUACUAUAUGGCUAAACCCUUUUUCUGAGCCACACCUUGAUUUUGUGCCAAUUCCUAACCACAGAGACUCCCGUUCAGAUCUGGUACCCGACACGACCAUUUUUGUAUGUGUGCCAACAUGACAAACACUUUAAACGCGAAAACCCUUUCAGAAGAGAGCAACAAAACCAUGCCUCCAACACGUUCUUUUUGAAACUAAAAGGCCAAGAAACCAAGAUUUGUAUGCAAAAGGCUUUGCUUCCCUGUUUUAUACCUGCUGACUAUAAAUACAUAAAAAGCCCUAAGCAAAUUCUUCCCUCUUUUUUCUUCUUUGUGAUCACGAAGGGAGUCGGGGAUGCUGUCAGGCAACACUGAGGACAAGAUGGAGAACUGGAGAGUUUGAUAUGGGUCGUGAAGUCUGCUGGUGUUCUGUGGGGUGGUGGUGGGAAGGGUCCUUUAAACUGGAAGACAGACACUGGACUGGAGAAAACGCACAUAGCGGUUCACUGGAAAGUUAGUUUGCACUUAAGCUCCGAUUUUAUUUGAACUGUUUUCUGGAUUUUGAAUGAAGCAAUAUGGAAGUGACCAGCAAAAUACAAAAUAAUAAUUUUAAAUUAAAAAAAAAAAAAAAAAAAAAAAAAAAAAAAAGAAUUCUAUGUAAGGGAUGACUGUGGAAAUGCCAAAAUGAAGCAAAUCAAGUCUUUGGAACAAUGUCUACCAGUUCUGAGGGGCCAUUGCAUUGACUGCUUCAGAGAAUACAGUGACAGAGCAACCAGCUCUUACUGCUGCCGCGUGAAGGACAGCAGAGCAAGCCUUGAAAGGGAUCGGAGGAGACAAAUGUCUUGCUCUGGCUUGCAGCAGUAUGGAAUAUUUUUUCUAAAAGGAGGAUUACUCUGGCACAGAAGGUGGCGCAUACGAGGUUUGAGAAGUCAAAAUGUGCAUGACUCACAGAGCUUUCUGUCAAAAAUGUAAAUAAGUAUGAGUCAGUCUCCUUGCACUUAGUUCUGCUUUCAUGAACCUCAAUUUUUAGGUAGACACUCCCACCCCACCCCCCAGCCUGUUCCUCUUUGGAAAUACCUUUCAGCCAGAGUUCUGGACGUUUUUAGCAACCUGAGGCGGAUGGAGCUGGGAAGGGAGGCGUAAGGGCCAGAGACACUCCUGACACGCCGAGACCCGUGUGUGUAAGAGCAUUUGUGUACCUAGUUCCCACCGAAAAUCUUAAGGAACUAUGAAGUACCUUUGAAGAUCUGCCUAUGUUUCUGUCCAUCGAGGCUCUUAAAGGGGAAGAAAAUACCUGAUGGGCGGCAGUCUUAGGUGGUACAACAGUAUCUCAGUUUAUGCGCUUCAGUACUGUUAAAGUCGAGAUCUUUGGGGUGACCUAACCUGGCAAGGAAACCAGCAACAACCAGUGGUCUGGAAAUGGCAUCAAGCUCCCCCAGAAUCCCCCCGUCUGAACAGCUUGCCACCUUGAACAGUAGGGAAGCAGAGGAAGAAGUAAGAAACAAGCAAUAGUUACCCAGCUCUUGGUGGUUGAGGGUCGGCUUGACAAAGGUAUGAAGAGAUUUCAAACCUGGGUUGGUGAUUACACCUGUAGAUGGGAAACAAAUUGUGUAUGAUCACGAGGUCAAGGUCUGUUCAGCCAACAGCUUGUUUCUGCAUCAGGUGUGUUGAGGCCAGUGCGAACCAGCUGCGGGGUGGAUAUUAACCUUGUAAACAGAGUACGUAGCUGAAGAGUCUGAAAAGAGCAAGACAAGUACAGGCCUUUGAAGCAACAAAAAGGAGAUGUUGGGUCAGGGGGUACCGAGGUGGUGGCAGAACAAAAUGACCGGCAGACCGCUGCCGUGGGGUGGACGGUUACAGACACGUCAGGCGUCCGAGGGGCCUGGCCUCUUCCCGCUGCCCUCCCGCAACGCCCCGGGGUCUUGGCAGGGGCUGGGGGCGCGGCGGGCUGGCACGAGGUCCUGGAGCCGCCGCGCCAGGGAAGGUUUGCCGGCGGUCGUGCUCACAGGGUGUCAUCUGAAGCCCGGGCAAAGGUCUGCCGGGUUGGGACGCAACUGCCGAGCUGCCCGGAGACAGAGACCGGCACAGGAGCCUGGAUGUCCUGCUCCAGCGCAGCAGCAGCAGCAGCUCGGGUUGCGUGGGUGGGUGGAGAAAGGGGUGGAUUUGUCCCUGAACGGGUCUUGUAACAGAGUAACUCCUAAUGGAGAAAAAAGGAAAAGAAAAUCCUGGUACAGCCUAGGCGUUUGAGUUGAAGGAGGUGCACUCAAAGGCUGCUGGGGCAGAAGCAUGCACACCCCCAGACCCCGGGUGGGGUGGUGCUGGGAUGUAGCUGCUCGCAGGAGGUGAGGCCUGUUUGUUUCUCUGGUAAUUCAGUAGUACCGGUGUUGGAAACAAGCCCAUCAAAUAAUCACAAUGUAAAUAAUUGUGUUUUUUAACAAUUUAACAUUUUCUUUCUUACAAAACUUGAAUUAUUUAUUCAUUUUCAUUGUUGACUGUGGGUGUGAUAUACUCUAGUAAGUAGUGUGGAGAUGCAGAGGUUCCUUGAAGUGAGGCAGCGCGAAGGCCAGGGCAGAAGCCGCCGGGCUCCACGACGCAGCCGUGCCAGCUGUGCCGCGAGUAGCAGAGGGCAAACAGGGUUCCUGAACACCAUAAUGCGUGAGGAUAGGAAACUCAACAGGCUGCAGCUUCACCAGUGGGCUCUUUUUUUUUGUCGUUUUUGAAACUGAGCUGGGGGUUGGAGCCGCCGUUGCCAGCAGCAGCCCCCGCCUCUCCCGCUGGGCCGGCCCCGCCGCUGCCUUCGCCCCGGUUGGGACGGCGGCGCUGCGGACACGGGCCCUGGGCUUGCGCGCUUCCUCAGGCACAGCCAUGCCUCUCAGCUACUGCGGCAGAUUUUUGUGUUACUGACAAAUUUUAGCCAUGGUUAAAGGAAAAAAAAAAAAAAAAAAAAAAAGAGGCAGAGCUGCUUGGCUGCCUUAAUCUGAUCAGCGGAAAUCCCUGGCUGGCCCUAACUCCCACAUUUGCCUUAGUGAGUGUAGCUGCUGGCUCGGUGAAAGAAGUUGGGCAAAUGUACGUGGUAAAGUCAUGGCAAAUGUUCUACUGUAUUAAGUUGUAAAGAUGAGGGUCAGUUUUUUUAAGGAGUAAUUACAGGCUUUGAGGAAAAACAGAUACUCGGGCACACAAAAUGCAUUUUGUCAGCACAGAUCAGUAGGUGAGAGCAUCAGCCAGAAGUAUUUUAUCUGGGUAUAAUUAAUUUGCUAGUUCUACAAUGGUAUCUGUACACAGCACUGUCAGGUUUUAUGGAUUUUAUAAUGUGGUCUCCCUAUUUGUAAAUGUUUUCCUUUCCCUUAUCGUAGCCUGCAUGACGGAAGAGCAGUGACUAACUUUUCAAGAACAGAUACCCGAGUGUGUAUCAGCCCUUGUCCAGGGCACAAAGCAACUUGCUAAAUGAAAGAGAACAACAGCUUAUUUUUUCCUGUCCUCUUUCAGCGAUAAUUGUCUUAGAUGUUGUUAUCUACCUGGGGGUUAUUUCAGACAGGUGUAGAUGCUGGGUCUGAUUGACUUGCUGUAACAUAAUUGACUGAAACCAACUACUUUUAAGCUUCCUCCUUCAGCUCUUCUCAAAUUGUUCCUUUUCUGCAAAAUAGCCAGGAGGGAUCUCACGUGGCCGUUUGCUCGCAUGUAGCGGAGUGUUUACAGCUUGCUUUCAAACAGGUCGUCUCUCACAGGUAGCGAGCGGUGGAAGCAAAUCCGAGCGACUAUCAGCAGUAGGAGCCACCGUGCGGGGCUGCUUCAGGGACCUUAAGCUCAGCCCUGAAAUCCUGUCCUGUGUACAAAGAAACGUGGUGUCACCCGUGGUUGUACCACUUAUUUAGUAGAAAACGCAUUUCUUGACUGCAGGAACUGUACGCAGUGGUCUCACUCCGGUGAUUUCCUGCGUUAGUGGGGCAGUGCCUGUCCCUUCGUGGCGCAGAGCUGCGAGCCCAGCGCGGGCGUGGGAAGGGCGCUGGCCCCCUGCGUGUGCCGCCGCUCCCGUAGCCCGGGGAGGGAGCUCUAGGGGAGCGUCCCCCGGCCUCAGCCACCACCGGCCCCGAAGCAAAGGAAAAGGCAACCCUGAGAGACCAGCGUGGCCCUGACUCUCUGUGGAUCCAUUCUUCCCAUAGCUAUGGAGCGAGCUGGGCGCUGCGGGUGAAAAGCACUAGCUGUGAGGUAAGUCAGCCUAGAAAUGCAGCUCGGGGUUGGGGUUUUUUUGAGGAUAGAUCUGUAUGAGAAACUCAGAUUUCAAAGAAAAAGUUAUUUAUUUUUCCCCCUGGAGUGUCUGUGUUAGGUGUCCUGCAUCAUGGAGGCAGCUAAAGGAAUGGAGGGACGGUUUGGGCUCCUUUAUUUAUACCACCCGGGAGAUGAGGAGUCUUUGGCACAAGUCAGGAUUAGGCUGUUGGUCACGUAGCUCCCCGGGGUAACUGGAGAACUCCGGGCGAGCCGUGCGCGCCCCAGGCAGGCGUUACAGCAAGGGUAGCACCCACGGCAGCACCCGUGGGCCCCCGCAGGCUCUGUGUGCCGACCCUUCCGGGGGAGGGAAUGGGAGGAGCACAAGUGCCCCAGGGACAGAGGGCGGGGCCGUGGCUCGCUCGUUGGCUUUGCACAAGCGCCGUAUCGGGGCUUCCACCCCCCCUUUGCCAGCGACAUUUCGGAACGUUGAGCUCAGGUGGGUGUUGACCUGCUCUGGAGGCUUUGGGGGAGACUGGUGGAACAGAGGCUUUAGUGUGAACCAGGGCCGGACCUCGGGUUAUCAGGCGCCUCUUUGGCUCUUGAAGAGCACCUCAAAGGGGACAGUAUCACUUUGAGUUCCCUUCGGCAAAGGUUUGCGGCAGCUGGGGUCUGCCUCUGGGUUUGGACACCGCAGGGCACCUUUUGGGGGGAGCUUGUGGGUGCUGGGGUCUGCGCCGACGAGCCAGGGAAAAGUGCGAGGGGGAAACCGGAGAACGUUGCCGCCGUUAGGAGACAAGAGGAGUCAGAGCUGCUUUUUUUUUUUUUUUUUUUUUCCUUUUUUAUUAUUUAAGAGCGUGCUUUGUGGACCUUGGUAGAGAGGGGCUUUAAGGGGCGAUUUGUAAGGUGUUACGCAGCGCGAGUAAUUACGUCCCAGUUCUCCCCACCCCAAAAGCCAUGAACUCGUGCUCCAGCCGUGUGGUGGAUGAGACCCCCGGGUCCCACACGGCACCCUCGUGGAGCCCUGCCCGGCCUUCGAGCCCUCUUAGGGAGAAAACACUGUAUUGUCCAUAGCACUCCGAAGACUAAACCCUUUUGGGAUAACCACAGUAAUAAACUGUGAAUGGUAUUUUAUAAGUGUAGAUAUGUAUGCCAUUCUUUUGAGGUAAGGUACUAUGACAUAUGUAGCAUAAACUGGUACUGCUGUUAAAUGGGUCGAUUAUUAACUGAGCAGCUGUGUAAGGGGUAGCUAACUUUGAAUGCACUAAACCACUGUUCCUUUGAAAACGGGGACUGACGGUAGUUGCUGGGGACUUGUCUUUUUAUGGUGGGGUAUGUUAAGAGAAAAAUGCAGGUCACUGAAAACACGUAAUUUUUUACAGCAUUUUAAUGUCGGAAAACGGUAUGCAUUCGAUACAUUAUUCACAAUGGUUUUGAUCCCUUUUUUUGCCCAGUUUAUUGUAAAAUUUCCCCAACAUCGUUAGCUGGAAUUUCUAAAGAGGCAGCAGCCCUGACAUAGGGAGGGGAAACGGAGGGGAGAAAGAAAUCUCUUUCGGAAAACAGAGAUAGCCAAACUGUAUUCCCUGAACUGGCGGUCUUGACCUAUCGAUUUUUCCUUUUCUGAUGAGGCUCAGAUUCCCAGGCCCGGAGGGUGACACUACUGUCCCCUCAAAAUCAGAGGCCGAGCCCCAUCGGGGAGGCGACGCAGGGACAGGGGCGAGCUGCUGCGAGACGCCCCGUGCGCGGCGCGGGGCUGGGCCAGAGCAGCAGGGCGGGGAGGGUCUGGGGUUUAGCCAAUUCUCCGUGUUCUCAAAGUGCAGAGAGACAAAACAACAAUACUUCUGCCUUACGAAGUACCUUCAGGAGAAAAGAAGCAUCAGCAUGUUGGGGAAGACGCUCAUUUCUUGCAAAGUGAUGCAUUCAGAGUUAGCUGCCUUUCUGAAAACAAAAAGUAAAAAAAAAAAAAAAAAUACAAAAACUACUGUAUGUUACUUUGAAAAUGUGAAUAGUAUUUUUAUAGCUUGUUAAAGACACAGCUAGUUGCAUUUGUAAAUAAGGAUAAUGUUGCUUUUAUUUUCCUUGUGGACACCAUUAUUUGGAACAUAAUUGUCCUUAGGGUUGAUUUGUAUAUAGGUAAUUUGCUUGUGAUUUAAGCCGCUCCUCCCCUUUUCUUUCUCUCCCUUCCCACCCUCUGGUUUUGGUUAGAAGUACCAUUUUUGGCAUUCUGUGUGAUUCUGUGUUUUAGCACUAUUGUGGUGUGUUCAGACUUUCUGCACUUGCUUACACAGUAGGGUAUGCCAAUUGUGUGUGGCGUAAUGUUACUUUAACCUUUUGUUUCUCAUAUUUUAGCUAUCGAGAAUUAUGCACUGUUAAAAUACUUACUGACCUGGGUUAAUAUUACGUACAUAUUUUAGCAUAAUUUCCCUUCUUUUCAUGGUUUCUCGUUCUUUCUUUUUUUCCUUCCCUCCCCUUUCGUCUUGUUUGGAGGCUGGGGAGAACCCUGUGGAUCUUUCCUUCCUGUGGUUAUAUUUUCCACACCUCUGUGCUGUCCUGAUUUUCUCCUCAUGCUCCUCGGGGUAGAGCUGUAUCUGUUAGUUACGGCAAAUGUGGACUGUGGCCCACCUUGCAUCAACCCACGGUCAUCCCAGCUGAAGAAUUUGAAAAGUGUUCUGCCUUUUUGUUAUACGAAUCUGUCAGAAAUCUAUUUUUAAUUUAAUAUAAAUGAAAUUAAAUAAAAUCUGAAGGAAA